CAUUACGCAAUGGUAACCAGGCGAAAUGCGACCCUCUGCGUCUUGCCUCUUUGACAUCCUUUGGUUAUGUUGCUCCUAAAUACAAAUAGAAAGCGAUUCACAUACGUAAGUCUGCAGGUUACCAUGGAAACUGUGCGCUGAUCUGAGACCAUCUGAUGAUAAAACAGGAGUUGGAAAUCAGUCCUGACCUUCAAGAUGAGGCGUUUGUCCAGAAGGAAAGCCCUGAGCCUGGUUAAGGAGCUGGACGCCUUCCCCAAAGUGGCAGACAGCUACGUGGAGACGUCGGCGUCUGGAGGGACAGUGUCCAUCAUAGCUUUUAGUGCCAUGGCGGUUCUGGCCAUCUUGGAGUUCUUCGUAUAUCGAGACACUUGGAUGAAGUACGAAUAUGAGGUUGACAAGGAUUUUUCCAGUAAACUAAAGAUAAAUGUGGACAUCACAGUUGCGAUGAAAUGUCAGCAUGUGGGGGCAGACAUCUUGGACCUGGCAGAAGCAAUGAUCACAUCCAACGGCCUGCAGUAUGAGCCUGUGAUUUUUGAAUUAUCCCCAAAACAGAGACUGUGGCAAAGGACGCUGCACGUCCUUCAGAGCAGGCUGAGGGAGGAGCACGCUCUGCAGGAGGUCCUGUACAAAACGCUGCUGCAGGGAGCUCCUACUGCUCUGCCGCCACGGGAGGAUGCAGCCGAGGAGACACCGAGCGCCUGCAGGAUCCAUGGACAUGUUUAUGUCAAUAAAGUGGCAGGAAACCUACACAUCACUGUAGGAAAGCCUAUCCAUCAUCCUCAGGGCCACGCACACAUUGCAGCUUUUGUGAGCCAUGAAGCGUACAACUUCUCUCACCGGAUAGACCAUCUAUCUUUCGGCGAGGAGAUUCCAGGCAUAAUCAAUCCUUUGGACGGCACAGAGAAAAUCACCUCCAACAAUAACCAGAUGUACCAGUACUUCAUCACAGUGGUGCCCACCAAGUUGAACACAUACCUGAUCUCUGCAGACACACACCAGUUUUCGGUGACUGAGCGGGAACGGGUAAUAAACCAUGCAGCGGGCAGCCACGGCGUCUCCGGCAUCUUCCUCAAGUACGACACCAGCUCCCUGAUGGUGACGGUCAGCGAGCAGCACAUGCCGCUGUGGCAGUUCCUGGUGCGGCUGUGUGGGAUAAUUGGAGGAAUAUUCUCCACUACGGGCAUGAUUCACAGCUUCAUCGGCUUCUGCUUCGACAUCAUCUGCUGUCGCUUCAGACUCGGGGUCUACAGGCCCAGAGAGGAGAUGCAGCUGCACAACCAGAUGAAUAAUCUGAACAAUCACCAAGCUCCUUUUCUGCUGGAAAACCCUCUUUAAUCUCUGUGAUUAUAACAUGCUUAUUUUGGGAUUAUAACAUCAUCUGGUUUAAAUCUAAGCUGAACAGGUGUGUUUCACGUCAAUAAAACCCAGAACUUUCAUUUGUAAACAUAUGCUCCCAGACGGUUUUAAAUGUGUUUUUAGUUGUUGUAAAUGUGAGUUCCGAAUUAUGUCUGUGCUUAAAACCAACCUUUGUGUUUUAUUUUAAAGAGAAUAAACUCCAAUG